CAGGUGACGCCUGGAGAACGGGUGGCCGUGCAGGCCGGGACCCACCCGGCUGCGCCCCCAGACUCUCCGCUGCCCACGAGUCUCGGAGUGGCACCCUCUCCUGGUCGUCUCCUCUCGUGGGGCCCGAAGAACGGGGCAAAGCCGAGUUCGUGCGCUGUACUGCGCGGGCGCGCGUUUCGUUCUUCGGGUUUGCCAUGGUUCUGUGACUCCCUAAAGGUUGAGGGCUACUGAAUUGGAAGAAACGCCGAGCUGGCUUCUGGGGCCUGGCGGGCGCCGGGCAGCGUGUUUACUCUGAGUAGAGCAACCGCAAAACCUCCUUUAAAAAAUACCCAUUCUGAGCUGCGGCGUUGGAGAGGCCGCCUGUCAUUCAGCCCCUUCAGACCCUCUCUCACUCCGUCUUCCGGAGCGUGAGUGAAGCCCGGGUGAGGAGUUUUCCCACACGCCGGGGGCCCGGAGCUGAGAAGGGGCAUGGCCAGCAUCACGCAGCUGUUCGACGACCUGUGUGAGGCCCUCCUGCCGGCUGCCAAGACUCACCUGGGCCAGCGCGGUGUGAACCGGAAGAGGGCAAAGCGGAGCCUCAAGAAGGUGGCCUACAAUGCGCUUUUCACAAAUCUUUUUCAAGAUGAGACUCAACAGCUGCAGCCUGACAUGUCAAAACUACCAGCGAGAAACAAGAUCGUCAUGUUGUCCUUUGACUUGAGAGUGGGUGGCCUGGGCCCCGAGGCCGACCGUCUGGAGGAGCUUGUGGAGGAGCUUGAAGCAGCCCCUUGCUGUCCGCUUUUGGAGGUGGGGUCUGUUUUGGACCUCCUGGUUCAGCUGGCAGGGAGUGGUCCCCCUCAACUUCUGCCGAGAAAUCGAGACUACUUCCUUAACAACAAGCACGUGGGGAGAAACGUUCCCUAUAGCGGCUAUGAUUGCGACCACCUGAGUGUGUUUGAGACGGACGUUCAGUCUCUGAUCUCCAGAGAAGAGUGUUUGUGUCACAGCAUGAUCCAGGAAACACUUCAGGUUAUGGAGGCUGCUCCAGGCACCGGCCUGCCCACCGUCGGGCUCUUCUCAUUUGGUGACUCUUGUGGUGACAGGUUUGAGAGAGACACCCGGGUCUCGCUCUUCGGGGCCCUUGUGCACAGCCGCACUGACGACAUGGACGUCCGACUGGGCCUGCCCCCCGUGCCGGACAGUGCAGACCUCUCUGGGCUGGCCAUUAAGGUCCCACCGAGUGUGGAUCAGUGGGAAGACGAAGGAUUCCAGUCAGCAUCCAACCUGACUCCUGAUUCUCAGUCUGAGCCCAGCGUGACCCCAGACGUGGACCUGUGGGAAGCCGCACUCACCUAUGAGGCCAGCAAGCGGAGGUGCUGGGAGCGAGUCGGCUGCCCCCCUGGCCACAGAGAGGAGCCUUACUUGACAGAGGCGGGAAGGGACGCUUUCGACAAGUUCUGCAGGCUCCGCCAAGGGGAGCUUCAACUGCUUGCUGGGGGCGUCCUACAGGCCCCACAGCCCGUGCUGGUGAAGGAGUGUGAGCUGGUGAAAGAUGUGCUGAACGUCUUGAUUGGGGUCGUGUCUGCCACGUUUUCCCUCUGCCAGCCAGCCCAGGCCUUUGUGGUGAAGCGGGGUGUCCACGUGUCGGGAGCGUCUCCCGAGAGCAUCAGCAGCCUGCUCUCGGAGGUGGCCGAGUAUGGGACCUGCUACACGCGCCUGAGUCACUUCUCUCUGCAGCCGGUCCUGGACUCUUCGUACAGCAAGGGCCUCGUGUUCCAGGCCUUCACCAGUGGCCUGAGGAGGUACCUGCAGUAUUACCGGGCCUGCGUCCUUUCCACUUCGCCCACCCUGAGCCUCCUCACCAUUGGUUUUCUCUUCAAGAAACUGGGCCGGCAGCUCAGGUACCUGGCCGAGCUCUGUGGCGUUGGUGCUGUGCUCCCAGGCACCUGCGGAGGAGGCCCCAGGGCUGCGUUUCCCACCGGUGUGAAGCUGCUGUCCUACCUCUACCAGGAGGCGCUGCACAACUGCAGCAACGAGCACUACCCUGUGCUGCUGUCCCUGCUGAAGACCAGCUGCGAGCCCUACACCCGGUGGGCGGACGUGUACGUCUGCGGGAAGACCAUUAACCUGCUGAAGCUCUGCUGCCCCCGGCAUUACCUCUGUUGGUCCGACGUCCCCGUCCCCCGGAUCUCGGUGAUUUUCUCCCUCGAGGAGUUGAAGGAGAUUGAGAAGGACUGUGCCGUCUACGUCGGGCGCAUGGAGAGGGUGGCCCGCCACAGCUCUGUCAGCAAGGAGGAGAAGGAAUUACGUAUGGAAAUUGCAAAACAAGAAUUAAUUGCUCAUGCCCGGGAAGCAGCAUCCAGGGUCCUGAGUGCACUGAGUGACCGGCAGAUGUCAGAACGGAUGGCCUUGGAUGCCCGAAAGCGCGAGCAGUUUCAGAGGCUGAAAGAACAGUUUGUGAAGGACCAGGAGCGACGCCAGGCGGCCAGGCAGGAGGAGCUGGAUGAUGACUUCAGCUACGCCCGUGAGCUCCGAGACAGGGAAAGGAGGCUGAAGUCCCUGGAGGAGGAGCUGGAGAGGAAGGCGAGGCAGGCGCUGGUCGACCACUACAGCAAGCUCUCUGCAGAGGCAGCUCGUCGGGAGCAGAAGGCGCUGUGGCGAAUCCAGAGGCACCGACUGGAGAGUGCACGGCUUCGUUUUCUCUUAGAAGAUGAGAAACACAUUCAGGAGAUGCUGAAAGCAAUGUCUGAGGCUCACCAGCCCCAGGAGCCGCCAGACGUCCUCGUGAGCGUGCACCCCCAGGUCUCAUCUCCGGGCCCUGAGGACCCAGAGGGAGACCAAGGCUGUGAUGCUGGGCCUGCGGAGCAACACUCAGCUGCCUGGGAUGGCCGGAACAGGCCAGGCCUGCCGACCCCACAGUCCCUUAAGCCUCUAGCAAUGGGGGCUGGUGGCACAGGGCUGCAGCAGGCGGAGGAGGCUGGACCCUUCUCUGACAGCCUCAGCAUUGGAGACUUCCUACCUGUGGGCCCAGGGGCUGAGCAGUCCUUGCAGACUGGCGUGGUCCCUCUCCUGGAGGCAGCGCUGCAGACCAUCAACUUGGACCUGCCCCCCUCAGCUCCUGGGGAGGCACCCGCAGCAGCCAGCACUCAGCCUUCCAGGCCACAGGAGUACGACUUUAGUACUGUCCUGAGGCCAGCUGUGGCCGCUUCACCUGCACCAGGACCCCUGCAGGCUGCAGAGUGCAACUUGGGCAGCUCAGGGCCACAGCUGUGGGAGGACAGUUGUGGGAAGCUGGAUGCCUGUGGCUCCACCUUGCAGGUGGCUCUGUCCCCCUCACACCCACCCAGGCGUGCCGCUCUGAAGGAGGGGAGCAGCCAGCCCGCAGAGCAGCUCUUCGGGCAUGAGUCAGGAGGUGGUCUUCCCACAGGGGGCUAUGCUUCUGAAACAGCUCUUACCCGGCCACAGUGGAACAUCCAUGGGCACGUGUCUGAUGCCAGCAUCGGGGUCGGGGAGAACGUGUCAGAAGUGGCUCCCACCCGGCCACGGUGGAACAUCCAUGGACACGUGUCCGAUGCAAGCAUCAGCUUGGGGGAGUCUGUGUCCGAAGUGGCUCCCACUCGGCCACGGUGGAACACCCAUGGACACGUGUCCGACGCCAACAUCAGGGUCGGGGAGAACAUGUCGGACGUGGCUCCCACCUGGCCACGGUGGAACACCCAUGGACAUGUGUCUGACGCCAGCAUCAUCUUGGGGGAGCCUGUGUGGGACGUGGUUCCCACCCGGCCACGGUGGAACACCCACAGACACGUGUCUGACGCCAGCAUCAGCUUGGGGAAGCCUGUGUCGGACGUGGUUUCCACCCGGCCACGGUGGAACACCCAUGCACCCGUCCCUCUGCCCCACAUGAUGCUGGGGGCUGUCUCACCAGAAGCUGAGCCCAACACACCCAGGCCCCAACAGAGCCCCGCUGGCCACACGUCCCAGUCAGCGCUCAGCCUGGGAGCACAGAGCACUGUGCUGGACUGUGGGUCACGGCUGCCUGUAGAAGUGGGGCCAUCUCUGUCCUCCCUCAGCUCAGGCUGCGGGGAGGAGAGCAUCAGCAUCGGGGAGAACGUGUCAGACGUGGCUCCCACCCAGCCAUGGUCGCCCAACACCCCGGGAGAUGGCGUCUCUGAAGAACUAGGCCCUGGGAGGAGCGGGGACACUGAGGAGCCUCUGAACUCACAGGAAAACGCAGCUGCCCAGAGCAGCCCAGGCCCUGGUGAGGAGGCGGCAGUGGCGGCGGAGGCUCAGGGCGGUGAGCAGGCCUACCUGGCAGGCCUGGCAGGGCAGUACCACUUGGAGCGGUACCCGGACAGUUACGAGUCCAUGUCUGAGCCACCCAUCGCUCACCUUUUGCGCCCUGUGCUUCCCCGGGCCUUCGCCUUUCCCGUGGACCCCCAGGUCCAGUCUGCCGCGGAUGAGACUGCCGUGCAGCUGAGCGAGUUGCUGACGCUGCCCGUGCUCAUGAAACACUCCAUCACGGCACCAUUGGCCGCCCACAUCUCCUUGGUGAACAAGGCUGCCGUCGACUACUUCUUUGUGGAGCUGCACCUGGAGGCACACUACGAGGCGCUGCGGCACUUCCUGCUGAUGGAGGACGGCGAGUUCGCCCAGUCCCUCAGCGACCUCCUCUUUGAGAAGCUUGGGGCCGGGCAGACACCCGGGGAGCUGCUCAACCCGCUGGUGCUGAACUCUGUGCUGAGCAAGGCCCUGCAGUGCAGCCUGCAUGGGGACACCCCGCACGCCUCCAACCUCUCCCUCGCCCUCAAGUACCUGCCCGAGGUGUUUGCCCCCAACGCCCCAGAUGUGCUCAGCUGCCUGGAGCUCAGGUACAAGGUGGACUGGCCGCUCAAUGUUGUCAUCACUGAGGGCUGCCUGAGCAAGUACAGCGGCGUCUUCUCCUUCCUGCUGCAGCUGAAGCUCAUGAUGUGGGCGCUCAAGGAUAUCUGCUUCCACCUCAAGCGCACAGCCCUGCUGAGCCACAUGGCCAGCUCCGUGCAGUUCCGCCAGCUGCAGCUGUUCAAGCAUGAAAUGCAGCACUUCGUCAAGGUCAUCCAGGGCUACAUCGCCAACCAGAUCCUGCACGUCACCUGGUGCGAGUUCAGGGCCAGGCUGGCCACCGUGAGCGACCUGGAGGAGAUCCAGCGUGCACACGCAGAGUACCUGCACAAGGCCGUCUUCAGGGGCCUGCUCACGGAGAAGGCGGCGCCUGUCAUGAACGUCAUCCACAGCAUCUUCAGCCUCGUGCUCAAGUUCCGCAGCCAGCUCAUCUCCCAAGCCUGGGGCCCCGCUGGGGGCCCGCGGGGUGCAGAGCACCCCAACUUUGCACUCAUGCAGCAGUCCUACAACACCUUCAAGUACUAUUCCCACUUUCUCUUCAAAGUGGUGACCAAGCUGGUGAACCGCGGCUACCAGCCCCACCUGGAGGACUUUCUGCUGCGCAUCAACUUCAACAACUACUACCAGGACACCUGAGGCUGCUCUGCGGGGGACAUGCACAAUAAAGGUGUCCUCAGACCCUG